CGUGCUCGAGCCAUCUCUUCAUCGAGUCACGUGAAAAUGCUUGGCCGCGUUGUGUCGUAUUGUUUUCUUCUACUUUGGACCGUCUCUAGCCAUGCGCUUGUCCGGGCAGAUUCCUAUCCCGCUCUCAACGCGGCGGAUAUGACAUCAUUGCUAACGAUUCGUGUAAGUGCAUCUCCAGAAAGCAAACCAAUUUCAGCUGUCGUCACAUCCCAUCUUGCCAUGACGUCAAGCAUAUCUCCGAGUCAGAACAAAGGACCAUCGACUGUUAGUCUCCCUGCAGCGUCGAUCAUCACUCCUACGCCAACACCAUCAGCAACUGUACCGACGACGAAACCUACCAAGCCUAUAACAGAUCACCCUCCUGAACCAAAAUGCGAGAAGGUCACUUCUUGUAGCUGCAGGAGAGCCGACGAUCACCAACUCAUUGAUUUGAGUCCUCUUGCAAGCACAACUGCGAGGUUUACGAUCAAGAACUUGGAUCAUACUUUCUAUUGGAAUCCAUGCAAGGCUUUUGAAGUAGGAGGUACAAACAGCGAGUGUACUGUGGAGAAGGAUGUGGCGAUUUGUGAAGAAACUACUGGUACUGAUGACAUCUUCGUUAGUCUUGGAACCCAAAAGUCUGCAGAGUUCAAGUUCGACCGGAUUAUAUAUACCGAUGGAACAGGCAACAGAAAUGCAACUGUUAUUCUUCAGUGCCAAAAAAAUGACAAGCCGGAAGACAGCAAAUUGAUAUUUUUGCCGGAUAAGAACAACAUGUCAUAUAUAUUCGCUUUGCAAAGUGUAUACGCUUGCCCUGGCGGUUAUAAACCAGGAUCAGGCGGUCUCAGUGCUGGCAGCAUUCUUUUGAUCAUUUUCUUCACUGUGAUUGGUUUCUAUUUUAUGGUAGGCAUUGCCUAUCAGGUUGUUUUCAAGAAAGCGUCUGGUACGGAGAUAAUACCCAACAGUGCGUUCUGGUGCGCACUACCCAGCUACAUCAAGGAUGGCAUUACUUAUCUCUUCUGCUGCGGAGGCUCUGGAAGAAGCGCAAAAUAUGAAAACUUCUAAUUAAUUAAUCACUAGCUUUGUGUGACUUUGGACUUCGUGAGAACGAUGGUGUUGCUAUGUCAAUUUUCGGGUUUCUUAUCAUGUUAAUAGAAAAAAGACUGCUGACGCACAU